AUGGAUCGUUCACUAAGGAGCCACUAUAUUCAACCCGCGGUCCCGAUAAGAGGACCAGUUCUCUUCGGAGACCUCCAUCCCCAACCUGAUGAUAUCAUCCACCUCCGCGUACUCCGGAUGACGCUGCGCCCUGUCACCCGGGAGUACCCUCGGCCCGCGAUGAUCGCCCACUCGACAGCUCACGAACACUAUCGCUGGCUACUACAACGGCCUCUUGUCUUCCUUGAGAGGCUCUUCAAUGGUAGGCGAGAGGCGAGCCUGCACCAGAGGCCACGCACAGAGUUCCUCCCCGCCGAUCCUACGAGUACCCUGCAGCUGGAAGUCCCAGCGCAGCGAGCAGCUGAGUUCCCACGCGGCCACGUGACCCGCACGCACUCCGCACGCUCCUCGGCCCCGAUCUAG